AUGAAAAAAAUUGAAACUAGUUCUAAAAUCUCCCUCUUGAAUUUACCCGAAUCAACUUUAGAUGUAAUUUUAGAACUCCUUUCACCAAUAGAACUCAUAAAUAUGUCUAAAGUAUGCACUUAUCUAAGAGGUAAAUGUAGAAGUGAUCAUUUGUGGGAAAAUCACAUGAAGAAUAAAUGGGGAAGAAUCUUUGGUCAUAUUGCUCUCAAGGAGUGGCAAUGGCAUGUAACAAUAAUAACAAAGGAAGAAGGAAGUGUAUUGAAUCAACAAAUCAAUAUUCUUAAUGGAUCACUUGGGACUUUUAUUGGUGCUUGGCCUAUGCUAUGUCUUGGAUCAUAUUUAGAAGAGUGCAAUAAUUUUAAGAGUUUAUUAUUGCCAAAUCAUUUUAUGAUGGCUUUGUAUUUGUCACUAGAGAGUGGCAAGUUCUGGUUUCCAGCUCAAUUAUACUCGGGACUACAUAUUCUAGAUGCCCUGAUUAGGUAUAACUCCAAAACUGAUACCUUCCAAGCAAGGACACGACGUAGUGAGAAUUGGAGGAAUGUGGGGAACAAUAUCCAGUGGGAUAAGCUAAGACUUUCUCCAGUUGAAACCUCUCCUUGCCACGUGUCAGCUUGUUUUGAAGAGCUAAAGCCUGGAGAUCGUAUUGAGAUUCAAUGGAGAGCAAAAACUCAAAUUCCUUAUGAUUGGUGGUAUGGUGUUAUUGGUCACUUGGAUUCUUGUAAUGAGAAUGAGAAUUAUUGUUUUUGUCAAAAUUCUGAGACCUUGGUGAUAGAGUUCAAGCAAUACCCUCGAAGGUCAAAGAUGAGAAAAGCAAAGGUACCCAGACAUUCUGAAAAUUGGGUCGGAAACUAUGGAGGAAUUAGAAAGCUUCAUAGUCAAGAAGAGAUUGAAAAAUGGAAUGAUCAGCUA